ACCUGCUCCUGAGGCUGCAUCCUUCUGUCCCAGGUGUUUCCUCUUCGCGCGAGUCAGAAUGGAGAAGCAGCCGGGAAAGCAAGCGGCCACGGAGCCCCCGGACUCCGGAGCGGGAGGCGGGGAAGGCGAGCCACCACAGGUCGCCGGCGCCCAGGCGGCGCGUCCCGAGGACCGCUUGACCCUGCUGCUCAGGCUGCGAGCACAGACAAAACAACAACUCUUGGAAUAUAAAUCAAUGGUUGAUGCAACUGAAGAAAAGACUCCAGAACAAAUCUUGCAAGAUAAGCAAAUUGAAGCUAAAAUUGAAGACCUGGAAAAUGAAAUUGAAGAGGUGAAAAUUGCUUUUGAAAUGAAAAAGCUUGCAUUAGACAGGAUGCAACUUUCGACUGCACUUAAAAAAAACCUGGAGAAAAAUAACCCCAGGACUAGCGUGCUCAUGGAUAACAUGAAACACGUAUUAAAGCUAAACAAAUUAAUAAUGAAAUCACACCAGGAAUCUUGGGAUUUGGAGGAAAAACUACUUGAUGUUAGAAAGAAGAGAUUACAAUUAAAACAAGCUUCAGAAAGUAAGCUUUUAGAAAUACAGACUGAAAAGAACAAACAAAAAGAGGAUUUGGCUGUUAUGGAAAAUUCGGACAAGAUAAAGACCAUACAACAAAACCUGCAGAUGGAGAUACAAAUUACUACAGUUAUUCAACAUGUGUUUCAGAACCUUAUUUUAGGAAGUAAAGCCAAUUGGGCAGAGGAUCCUGCUUUUAAGGAAAUUGUUCUACAGCUUGAGAAGAAUCUCACCAUGAUCUAAUAAGAAUUCUGUUUUGUCAUUUUUUGCUUUAAUCUUGAUAUGUCAUUUAAAUAGCAAAUUUCAAGUAAAAUUUUUAUUUAGUAUUCUCGGAACUAAUAUUGCAAACUUUUGUAGCUUAAUACUAUAACAUGGAAUUUGUUCUUUCAAAUAUAUUAAUUAAAGUGACUGGCAUUCUCUAAAAGAAUCUGAAAGUCAUAGCCUGGCAAGGGUCCCAAAAGACAUCUAAUUAAGCUUUCCACUGAAUGUGGACAUUUUUUUAACAACAUUCCUGGCAGUCCCAACUCAUUUGGAAAACAACUUUUUUUUUCCUUUUUCUUUUUUUCUCUUCUUUUCUCUCUUCCUUUUUUUAUUCUUUUUAGUUUAAA